UCUUGUUCGAGCAGUUUCCUCAUUUAACGUUCAACUUUUGUCAAAUAAACAAGUUCGCUCCGUGCUCAACGAAACCUACGCUCCCGAAGUGAAAUGGCUCGUACCAAGCAAACCGCUCGUAAAUCGACUGGAGGUAAGGCUCCUCGCAAGCAGCUGGCCACCAAGGCUGCUCGUAAAAGUGCCCCGGCCACCGGAGGAGUGAAGAAGCCGCAUCGUUACCGUCCGGGAACGGUGGCCCUCCGAGAAAUCCGUCGCUACCAGAAGUCGACCGAGCUGCUCAUCCGCAAGCUGCCCUUCCAGCGCUUGGUGCGUGAGAUCGCCCAGGACUUCAAGACUGAUCUCCGCUUCCAGAGCUCAGCCGUCAUGGCGCUGCAGGAAGCCAGCGAGGCGUAUCUGGUUGGUCUGUUCGAAGACACGAAUCUGUGCGCCAUCCACGCCAAGCGCGUCACCAUCAUGCCCAAGGACAUCCAGCUGGCCCGUCGCAUCCGCGGAGAGCGUGGAGGAAAGGUAAAGGGAAAGGCAAAGUCCCGUUCCAACCGUGCCGGUCUUCAGUUCCCCGUUGGCCGUAUUCAUCGUCUCCUGCGCAAGGGUAACUAUGCCGAGCGCGUCGGUGCCGGAGCACCCGUGUAUCUGGCAGCCGUCAUGGAAUACUUGGCCGCUGAAGUGCUUGAGUUGGCCGGAAACGCUGCCCGUGACAACAAGAAGACGCGCAUCAUCCCGCGUCAUCUGCAGCUGGCCAUCCGCAACGACGAGGAGUUGAACAAGCUGCUGUCCGGAGUAACCAUCGCUCAGGGUGGUGUGCUGCCCAACAUUCAGGCCGUGCUGCUGCCCAAGAAGACCGAAAAGAAGAGUGCGGCCCUGACGCUUCAGAGCAUACACCACAUCCAUAGCGGUGACGGUCUUACGCUUGGCGUGUUCAGUGUAAGUGACCGCAUCACGAAUCACAUUCUCCAGAAAUACUUUCAGGACGCCACGGGUUUCCUCGUAGAUGAGGCCGGAGAUACGUUUCACUCCUCCGCGCCGAGCCAAACGGCGGAUGGCGGGCUUGUCAUGAUGAGCACAGGAUUUUCGCUCCGUGCUCAACGAAACCUACGCUCCCGAAGUGAAAUGGCUCGUACCAAGCAAACCGCUCGUAAAUCGACUGGAGGUAAGGCUCCUCGCAAGCAGCUGGCCACCAAGGCUGCUCGUAAAAGUGCCCCGGCCACCGGAGGAGUGAAGAAGCCGCAUCGUUACCGUCCGGGAACGGUGGCCCUCCGAGAAAUCCGUCGCUACCAGAAGUCGACCGAGCUGCUCAUCCGCAAGCUGCCCUUCCAGCGCUUGGUGCGUGAGAUCGCCCAGGACUUCAAGACUGAUCUCCGCUUCCAGAGCUCAGCCGUCAUGGCGCUGCAGGAAGCCAGCGAGGCGUAUCUGGUUGGUCUGUUCGAAGACACGAAUCUGUGCGCCAUCCACGCCAAGCGCGUCACCAUCAUGCCCAAGGACAUCCAGCUGGCCCGUCGCAUCCGCGGAGAGCGUGCCUAAAUCGUCCAUGCAUCCGGAAGCGGUCCCUGUCUAAACGGGGCAUUUCCUUCUCAAAACGGUCCUUUUCAGGACCACCAAUACUGUUGAACAUUCCAAGAAUUUUCUUUCGAUUGCUAUUAUGAAAUUGUACAUACGAAUGCAAGCCUUCACGUAUGUCGUUUUGUUAUAACGAGGAAAGUGUGAAAAGGGGGAAAAUUUGUUUUAAAUAAUCAAUGUUAUGGGAGGUAUUUUAACUUUUUCUUGUCAAAGUUUCGCUUUUUAAUAGGGCAUCUGAGGAUUUUGACUAUAUUGAUCAAUACUUUAUC